AUGAAUAAUAAAGAUAUUUAAAUAAAUAUUUAAGGAAAUAUGUUUUAAGGACUGAUGAAUCGAGAUUAAUGUAAAUAAUUGGCUUAAAAAGUCAUGAAGCUCUAUGAUUCAGAUUAAAAUGAUUUGAUGGAAGUAAAAGAUGCUGGUAAUUUACAAUCUGAUUGCUAUAAAUCCAUCAAUAUUGAUUUUAGCCCAUCUCAAACUGAUGUCAAAGGAUAUGCUAAAAUAUUUGAUAGUAAACUCUGUUAUUUAAUAUGCUAGGAGAGGGAAAGGGAAAAAUUUCAGUAGAGGAUAUUGAACGCUUAUGUUUUAAAUAUUUUGGUGGAGGAAUCACUACUACUGAAAUAGCUGAUUUAAAACCAUAAACAGUAGAGUCUAUUGAAUUGAAUGCUGUAAAGGCUGAAGAUAAAGCAGAUACACCUUCAAAAUUAUCAUAUCAAUCUCCAUACAGGAGAUGGGGGUCUUAAAAAUCAACCUAAAGUUCUUCAACUUCCAUCUAAUCUAAUAAAUAAGUUGCAACUUAGUCCUGUGUUGUACCAUCUGUAACUUAAAAUGAACCUCAAAAAUACAGUAAAUUAGCUGAAGCAAGAUUAUAAGUGGCAAGAAGGAUUUUUAAAAUGCUGGACUAAGAAAAUAAUGGAUUCAUUACUGAAAAGCAUGUCACUCUAUUGUUGAUGGAAACUUAUAAUAAUAUGGGGAUGAAGAUUGAACCAACAAGAGAGGAUGUAGAAAUGUGGAUGGAAAUGGCUGAUUAAGAUAGAGAUGGAAAGGUCUACUUGAUUGAUUAUGAGGAUCUAGUUCUGAAAAGUCUUAGAUCUUAAGGUAUCGAAAUAGAUUGA